AUGGCGAGCUUCACGAGCAGCGCGGCAGCGGCCUCUGCGCCUGGGGCUCGGCCGCUGGCGAGGGAGCGGCGCGCCACCGCGCAGGCCAGCUCGUUCGGCACGACGUCCCACAGCCCGUCGCUGCCCAGGAUGAGGAACUCGUCCGCUUCUGUGCGAGCCGUCACGGUCACCUCCGGGUCGGGGAUCACGUACGGCUUCAAAUAA